AUGGCUGGCAACAACACCGCGCUCCGACGACUGAUGACAGAGUACAAGCAGCUGUCAGAGCAGGAGAAUGAGGACAGCAUGUUCACUGCUGGACCCGUCAGCGAGGACGACUUCUUCACGUGGUCCUGCCUUAUCUCUGGUCCUGAGGACACGCCGUUCGAGGGAGGAGUCUUCCAUGCGGAGCUCAAGUUCCCUCGGGACUAUCCUUUGAGCCCUCCCAAGAUGCGGUUCGACCCUCCCCUUUUCCACCCCAACAUCUACGCCUCCGGCGAAGUCUGCAUCUCAAUCCUGCAUGCGCCUGGCGACGACCCGAACGCGUACGAGUCGGCGAGCGAGCGGUGGAGUCCCGUGCAGAGCGUCGAGAAGAUCUUGCUGAGUGUCAUCAGCAUGCUGGCAGAGCCAAACCUCGAGUCGGGCGCCAACAUCGACGCCUGCAAAAUGUACCGCGACCACCGGGAAGAGUACGACGAGUCGAUUCGCGCCUUCGUCCGCCAGCAGCUCGACGCAGACAUCUGA